GUUGUGUAGAGGCUGCUAUUGACAAGCCGUCGCUGCGGAACCGAAGUCGCCGAAUGAUGAUGUUGUGAAGUCGCCCGCCAGUCCCUGCCGCGCCCAGGCGGUUACUGGCAGCGGUGGCAGCUAAGGCUGCUGCUCUCAAGCUGCCGCCGCUUUAGGGGCUUCUUCCUGAGGGAGCGCAGGCAGAGGGCGGAGGAGUUCGGGUCACUUCGGUCAUGACUGUCCAAGGUAUGAUAAUCACAAGAAUGCUCCUUGCUGCAGAUGUCAUUUGACUCAUCAGAAAAAUUUGUUUAAAAGAGAAAAUCCGUAUGACCUAGAUCUGUUUCUUUAUUGAAUGGCUUGAUGGAUUUCCUUUACUCGGGUAUAUACCAAAGCUGUCCUUCUCAACCAAAGCAAGAAAGGAUCCUGCAUGAGUCAAUCCCAGAAUGCCAUUUCUACAUCACCAACAGGUGAAGAAAACCUCAUGAAUUUUAAUCACAGAGACUCAGAGAGCAUCACUGAUGUCUGUUCCAAUGAGGAUCUCCCUGAAGUUGAGCUGGUGAGUCUGCUAGAAGAACAGCUACCCCAGUAUAAGCUAAGAGUGGACUCUCUCUUUCUGUAUGAAAACCAGGACUGGACUCAGUCCCCACACCAGCACCAACAUGCAUCUGAUGCCCUCUCUCCAGUCCUUGCUGAGGAGACUUUCCGUUACAUGAUUCUAGGCACAGACAGGGUGGAGCAGAUGACCAAAACUUACAAUGACAUCGACAUGGUUACACAUCUUCUGGCUGAGAGGGAUCGUGAUCUGGAGCUAGCAGCUAGAAUUGGACAAGCUCUCUUAAAGCGAAACCAUGUCUUGUCUGAGCAGAAUGAAGCCCUGGAGGAGCAACUGGGACAAGCCUUUGAUCAAGUUAAUCAGCUGCAGCAUGAGCUAUCUAAGAAAGAUGAGUUACUUCGAAUUGUCUCCAUUGCUUCUGAAGAGAGUGAAACUGAUUCCAGCUGUUCUACACCUCUUCGGUUCAAUGAGUCGUUUAGCUUGUCUCAAGGCCUGCUGCAGUUGGACAUGCUGCAAGAAAAACUCAAAGAGCUGGAAGAAGAGAAUAUGGCUCUUCGAUCUAAGGCUUGUCACAUAAAGACAGAAACUAUUACCUAUGAGGAAAAGGAACAACAGCUUGUCAAUGACUGUGUUAAAGAACUUCGUGAAACAAAUGCUCAGAUGUCCAGAAUGACUGAGGAAUUGUCAGGGAAGAGUGAUGAACUGAUUCGAUACCAAGAAGAAAUCUCCUCACUCCUGUCUCAGAUUGUAGAUCUUCAGCACAAACUUAAAGAACAUGUGAUUGAGAAGGAAGAACUAAGACUUCACCUACAAGCUUCCAAGGAUGCUCAAAGACAACUAACAGUGGAGCUGCAUGAGUUACAAGAUAGGAAUAGAGAAUGUCUGGGAAUGCUACAUGAAUCCCAAGAAGAAAUAAAGGAACUCCGUAGCAGAUCUGGCCCUGCUGCUCAUCUCUAUUUCUCCCAGUUGUAUGGAGAUUUUUCUGGGGAAUCUCUGGCAGCUGAGAUUGAGGGGACCAUGCGUAAAAAGUUGAGUUUGGAUGAGGAAUCUUCUGUCUUUAAACAAAAAGCCCAGCAGAAACGGGUAUUUGAUACGGUCAAGGCUGCCAAUGACACACGGGGCCGCUCUCUUCCAUUCCCAGCUCUUCUACCCAUCCCAGGCUCCAACCGUUCAAGUGUCAUCAUGACAGCAAAACCUUUUGAGUCAAGUUUACAACAAACAGAGGACAAAACACUUCUCAAUCAGGACAGCACCUCAGAGGAGGUUCCUAGAAACACUCAGGAGAUGGGUCAACCGGGACCCUCUGGAGAUAAUGAUUUGGCUACAGCUCUGCAUCGCCUUAGUCUGCGUCGACAAAACUAUUUAAGUGAGAAGCAGUUCUUUGCUCAAGAAUGGGAGCGGAAGAUCCAGAUUCUGGCUGACCAAAAUGAAGGGCUUAGUGGCUGUGGCACCCCCACCAAGAGCCUUGCUACUCUCUGCACCGACCAGUCAGAGAUAACAGACCUCAGCAGUGCCAGUUGCCUUCGUGGUUUUAUGCCAGAAAAAUUACAAAUUGUCAAGCCCCUUGAAGGAUCACAAACUCUACACCAUUGGCAGCAGCUUGCUCAACCAAACUUGGGAACCAUUCUUGAUCCACGACCAGGUGUCAUCACUAAAGGCUUUACCCAAUUGCCCGAGGAUGCCAUCUAUCACCUCUCAGAUUUGGAAGAGGAUGAAGAAGAGGGUAUCACUUUUCAAGUUCAGCAGCCUCUUCAAGUGGAACAGGAACCUUCAGUAUCCAAGCCAGUAACAGGGAUCUUCCUCCUGCCCAUUACUUCAGCAGCUGCAGCCUCAAACCCAGGAAAGUGUCUGUCAUGCACAAACUCGACGUUCACCUUUACCACCUGUAGGAUAUUACAUCCUUCUGACAUCACUCAGGUCACCCCCAGUUCUGGAUUCCCUUCAUUAUCCUGUGGAAGUAGUGGAAGCAGUUCAUCAAGCACAGCGGUGAAUUCUCCUGCCAUGUCGUAUAGACUCAGUAUUGGUGAAUCUAUCACCAACCGACGAGAUUCUACUACAACGUUCAGUAGCACCGUGAGCUUGGCCAAACUUCUACAAGAGCGUGGCAUCUCUGCUAAAGUAUACCACAGCCCAGUUUCAGAGAACCCCAUCCUCCAGCCUCCCCCCAAAACCCUGACUAUUCCUUCCACUCCACCAAAUUCACCUUCUCACUCACUUUGUCCCUCUCCUUUGCCUUUUGAGCCUCGAGCACACGUCUCUGAAAAUUUUUUGGCCUCUCGACCAGCUGAAACAUUCCUCCAGGAGAUGUAUGGCUUGAGACCUUCCCGGAACCCUCCUGAUGUUGGCCAAUUGAAGAUGAAUUUAGUGGACAGGUUGAAGAGACUAGGGAUAGCCAGAGUGGUCAAGACCCCCGAUACCCAGGAGAAUGGAAGAAGCCAAGAGGCAGAUAUUGGUCUUCAAAAACCAGACUCUGCUGUUUAUUUAAAUUCAAGUGGCAGUUUAUUAGGUGGACUGAGGAGGAAUCAGAGUCUUCCAGUCAUGUUGGCUAGCUUUGGAACCCCAGUUUGCACAUCCUCACCCAAAAUGGGUAUCCUAAAGGAGGACUAAGGCUCAGCAAUUAACUGACCUCUUGUACAGAUUAGCACAUGAAGGAUAGACAUGCACUGACACGUGUGGUCUGGUCUGACUUGAGAGUAAAGGAAUGUUGUAGAAGGGCUGUGAAUGUGGAAAGGGGAAAGCGGAGGGAUGGAAACAGAACUGCGAUGGGGCCCUAAUGGACCAGGUCUGGUAAAUUGAAUUUAUAAAAGGACCAUGAGUGUUUGGAGAUAGAAACGAAAGGAAAGUUUAAUACACUCCUUUGGUUAGAUUUUCUUGUCUUGAAAAUAAAAAGUGAAUAAAAAAAUAAAUUCAGUAAUACUGAAACAUACCAGAAGUACUGAACUUGCUAGCACAUUUACUUCCAGUAAGUGUAAGCAGGGAGAACCUAGAUUAGAGAGAUGGGGAGAGAAGCAGUUUUGACUGCUGACUAAAGAAAGCCGUCUGAAGGAUUAGUGGGGUGAGCUCAGUGUUAUUGAGACAAUAAUGAGAUGGCUUGUAUGUUUUCCCCUGUUGAUGUCUGGUUAAAUUACGUGUCUAUCAAAUAGUAUAUUCACAGCAUUAGCAAAACAAGGAAUUUUAUCUUUUUGCUUAAGGUCAGAAGUGGAGACUCUCUUUUUCCUUGUUUUCAGGCCUUUGAGCCACUGGGAACACAAAUACUACCCAAAUUCCUUUUGUAUUUGCAAUUAAUGAAGGCAUCUGGCUGUUUGUUUUUUUAAAUUUAUAUUUUUAUAUAACACACACGCAAAAAAUAUUAAUCAUGGGGGUGUGGGGCUGGGAGAGGUUUACUUUAAGAAGAAGGAAGAUAUGGGUAUAUUGGAACCAAGGGAACUUGUUUCCAGAAUAUUUCUUCUGAAUAAGUGAAGUGGCCAAGGAGUAUGAACAUAAUUGUAUGUCUUUCAGAUUUCCUUGGAGGCUGGAAGGAGUUAAACCAGAAGUGCAAUCAAUAGGAAUUAGGGAAUGUUGUAUAUUUAUAUAUGUAAAAUUUUUUGUAAGGAAAGUUGAUUGCAAUUAAAUUUUUUCGAAAGUGUGCUAUGCAUAUUUUUAAUGAAAGAAAGAUGACAUGUAUUUGCACAAAAAUUCUCAGGCACAUUAAAUUAUAAACUGAAGUAAAACCCAGGUGCUUGCUUUGAGAUUGUGUGUGUGUUUUGUUGUUUGUUUGUUUUUUAAUGUAAAAUAAAAUUAAAGCACAUCUGCUUGUUCUUGUGUAGAAUUAGAAAAUGAACUUUUUAAAGGGAGAGUCAAAGAAUUUGUGUUUUCUCUGGGGUUCCUUUUUUUCUUUUUUCUUUUUUAUAAGCUGUGAAAUGGCAAAGUGAGACCUUGAAGUUAGGUUUCAGCAGUCAGCAAUGUGACGUAGCCUGUGAAUUGGGAAAAAAUGGAUCUGUUUUCUGAGCAUUGCUGAUCAAGGUCUGCUCUUCAUCAGAUGACAUGACUUUAUCUAGUCAAGGUUGUUCGAAAUAAAUGCCAUUAUAUGAAAGACGUAAUGGAGAGAAGAUGAGUGAGGGAGCUAACUACAUUGUUUUUGAAAAUGGAGGGUGGGGACAUAUUACUUGAUCAUUUCGUGCUUAAUUUGUGAAUGUGUUGCUCCUUUGUCCUGACUUCACUGAAAGGCAAUUUCCUGAAGAAUUGUUGACUAGUUUUGCUUCUACCAAUGGGGCUCCCAUUGGUAUACUUAUUCCCAGGCCAGAGGAAGGUGCUUCCUCCCUCUCUCUCGACGCUCCUUUCCUGCCUGAGAGCUGUGAGCUCAAAGGGGUGGAAAUCUAGCUUGCAGGCAGUGGUAAGAAUGUGUGAGUUUUUAACUUUUUGAAAAAAUUUUUCUAAAUAAGUUUCUCAACAAAAAGCGAAAAUGUCUUCACCCCUUUCUCCUCCCUCCACUCAGUCAUGCUGAGGUCAGCAGAGCAUACACAUACAAGUUCAGAAAGGAUUCCAGCAGUUUCGUGAGUGAAUGUGAGUCUCCCCUGAACGUGGUAGGCAUUACACAGAAGAAUUCCUGAUGUCUAAAUUUCCAAAAUAUCCAAUUCACUUUUUAAUAAAGUAGUGUGUGAGUUUCUAUUAAGGUAACUCUGGGGGGGCUUACUGUAGUCAGUUCUUAAAGCUUUUUAUUUGUCCUCUAAGAAACUAGUCUUCCUGUUACCUGGACAAUUACAGUUUCCAAGAAACACCGGGAAGUAGAAAAAUGUAGGACCAGAGAGUAGUAUAAAGUAUCAAAUUAUCAGAUACAUGUAUAUUAUAUAAGUAGCUAUAAAUUAAGUUAGAUUUUUCAGUCUUCUGUAUUCAGUUAUAAUUAGUAUACUUUUUUAUUACAGUUGCUCAAAUGACCACUUGAGAUCAUUGCUUUGGAGGGGGUGGGGGAAAUUAAGGAGCCCU